GCCGAUUAUCCAGACCUAAAGCUAUGGGAUCGAGCGAGAUUUGGACGCUGCUGAUCUAUGCGAUCGCCAUUAUUUUAGUUGGGGUCUACAUAGCGGUAAUUAGCUGAAAAGCACGCUGAUACGAACGACCAAGUAAACCAAGUAGCCGAACACAAAACGACACAAUGUCUUUCAAAGACCAUCUAGAAAUGAUCAGUCUCAACGAGUCCCCUACAAAGAAGGCCAGAUUCUGGCAGUCCUUUGUACGGUCCCUUAAAGGAUCCGACGAUUUGAGGGCAACCGACUCAUACUCAGCCAGACCGAGAGGCAUUUUCCGGCCUCUGAGCGAUCUUCCAGAGCUUUCGGCCGGUUGGCCCUAUGGAAAGUCGAUCUACGAUGAUCCAAGUGCGGCUGCUGAGCGCAUCCACGUGCCCGGCUAUCGUUACGAUCCCCUCCAUCGUGAUACCUACGGAUACUCGCCCAGGGCCAUUUUCCCACACAACUACGGAUCUUUGGACAGAUACAGGCCUGCCUACCACGUAACCAAGCCCAGAGCUCUUGACGCUGACGGUGCAUGGAGAGACCACAUCGACCGCGUCAAAGGUCGUGAGCCGUCCCAGUGGCCCAGCAGCAUCUUCCACACCACUUACCCAUUCUCGCGCUACCCACUCUACUUGGUGUACAGCAAAAGGCCCCCACCAUCCACCGACAAGUACGACCCCAACCGCUCCUGGCUGGGACAUCUGGACCGAUUGGCCGAGCUGGACAAGCUGUACCCCACUUUGUGGCCGCUGACCGGCAGCAGGCUCAGCCCCACUCCAGUGAAGCCAGGUCCGUUCUCUCCACGUCCAUCCGAGGUGGCCUUCAACUACGCCGGCCAGCCUCUCUGGAGCAGACCAAGUAAGAGCAUUUUGAACGAACUAUUGAACCCUUCUCCUUCCCUGCCCAUCUCAGCCGUUACGCGCGACCCCUUCUGGUGGGACUCGCCCCUCAGACCAGCCUCAAUUCACAACCCCUGGGGCAAGUCCCCCUUCUACUUGCGCGACUCCUACCUGUCGCCUGUCAAAAGGACAUUCUUGUGGGACAAGCAUCCCAUCAGGCCAUUCGCUGCCGUCUACUAAGUGCGACAGAAGGAACAAACAUCGAUGAUCCAAACACUCAAACUCAUCGUCCAAACCAAACGAAUCUGUCUUGACUGACUGAAAUCAGAAAACAUGCUUUUGUCCCACUCGUUCGCAUUCACGAACCAGUGUCUUCAAGUGUUCAUCAAUUACAUUUACCAAAAAAAGUGCCUUAUAGUAUACAAAUCUUUAAAAAUUGUUGAUUUUCAAAAAAAAUAUAUUGUAUUUUGACGUUUUUCGAAUCGAACUGGCUUUUUAAGGGCCGACUUGCUAAACCGUGUCUCUCCAUUCCAUCCCUCCAGCAAGUUGCGAACUUAAACGGCCACGAAGUUUAGUUAUUUUGGGUUUUUCGUGUACUACUUAUAACUACAAUUAUUGUAAUAUUCGGUCUAGAUUGGGCAUAUACAAGUAAUAAAAUUCAGCUAAAUA